AAGGCAUCAACUUUAACAACCUAAAGCCAUGUUGUCUCUAUCAACAACUCUCAAACCGCUAUCUCUUUUAUCACCAUCUGUUAAACAGCAUAACCCCAGUAAUGGCAAUGCCUUGUUCACACAUAACUCUACAAACUCUUUUUUGUCCAAACGAGGAGGAUCCGUGGCUCACAGGAAAAACACGUUCGUGGCAGCUCAUGAUGCACCGGAUCAGGUCAAGAGCUCCUGGAGAAUACCCUUGUCGGAGGUUGAGGUGGUGAUCAUGAAAAAGAAGAGGGCAUUUUGGGAAAGGAGUUGGACUUCUUGGGACGUGGCAAAGUUAGUCUUAGUCGGUGGGGCUCAUUUGCUGAGCCUCUUGGCUCCAUUUUACUUCAGUUGGGAGGCUUUUCGGGUUUUACCUUGGCUCUUUUACAUCAAUGGAAUCUGCAUCACCUUGUCUUAUCAUAGAAACCUUUCUCACCGAAGUUUCGAUCUGCCAAAAUGGCUUGAGUAUCUCUUCGCUUAUGGUGGCCUUCUGGCUUUUCAGGGAGAUCCAAUAGAGUGGGUGAGCAACCAUCGGUACCAUCAUAAGCAUUGUGACACACAACGUGACCCACACAGCCCUACUCAAGGGUUUUGGUUUAGUCAUAUUACUUGGAUCUUUGAUAACAGUUCUAUCCUCAAGAAGUGUGGAGGACAUGAGAAUGUAGAUGACCUUGUGAGGCAGCCCUUCUAUAGGUUCCUUCAACGAACGGUCCUUUUGCAUAUGAUGGCUUAUGCCCUUCUCUUCUAUUUUUGUGGAGGCAUGCCCUUCCUUGUCUGGGGAAUUGGUGUUGCAACUGUGGUUCGAUUCCACACGACUUUUCUAGUGAACUCAGUUUGCCAUGUAUGGGGAACACGAGCUUGGAACACCCCUGACUUCUCCAAAAACAAUUGGUGGAUAGCCAUGAUAACACAUGGCGAGGGAUGGCAUAACAAUCAUCAUGCGUUCGAGUUCUCGGCCAGGCAUGGACUCGAGUGGUGGCAGCUCGACGUUACUUGGUAUCUCAUUAGGUUUCUUGAAGCUAUUGGUUUGGCCACCAACGUAAAGUUACCUACUGAAUCUCAGAAAAAGAGAAUGGCUUUGGUCUGAUCUUUAAUUUUCCUUUAAUAGUAUAUAUUCUCAAACUCUGCUCCUCCUGCAUCUCCACAUCCCUAUUUCUUUUCAGUCAUUAGAGAUUUGUCAUUUUCAAGAAUACCAAGACUUUCUUAACAUUAUCUGAAUUGCAUGUAAACCAUAUGUAUCUUCUAAAUAACAUUUCAACUCUGUA